AUGAGCGAAGGCGAGAAGGUCCGCGCCUCUGGCGAGACUCCCCGGGAGCAGUCGUUGCCCACUGUCAACCCCGCCGCUGAGAAGGAGCAGCCUAGCUCCUCCCUCCACCCCGCGGUCUACGUGACUACCUGGAUCACUUUGAGUUCCACCGUUAUCCUGUUCAACAAAUACUUGCUCCACACUCUCAACUUCAGUUACCCCAUCAUCCUUACAACAUGGCACUUGACCUUCGCUACCAUCAUGACCCAAAUCCUCGCCCGCACUACAACCGUUCUGGAUGGCCGUAAGAAGGUCAAGAUGACCGGCCGUGUCUACCUCCGUGCCAUUGUUCCAAUCGGUGUGAUGUUCAGUCUGAGCUUGAUCUGCGGUAACAUGACCUACCUCUACCUGAGCGUUGCGUUCAUCCAGAUGCUCAAGGCAACCACCCCCGUGGCUGUCCUGCUCGCAACCUGGGGUAUGGGUCUGGCACCGGCCAACAUGAAGGUCCUGGCCAACGUCUCCGUCAUCGUAAUUGGUGUCGUCAUUGCCUCCAUCGGUGAGCUCCAGUUCAACAUGAUCGGUUUCCUGUUCCAGCUUGGCGGUAUCGUCUUCGAGGCUACCCGUUUGGUCAUGGUGCAGGGUCUGCUAAGCUCCGCCGACUUCAAGAUGGAUCCCAUGGUUUCUCUGUACUAUUUUGCUCCUAUUUGUGCCGUCAUGAAUGGUGCCGUUGCCCUCUUCCUUGAAUUCCCCCGCGUCACUAUGAAUGAGGUCUACGCUGUUGGUGUUUCGGUUUUGAUUCUCAAUGCCCUUGUUGCUUUCCUGCUCAAUGUCUCCGUUGUUUUCCUGAUCGGCAAGACCUCUUCUCUGGUUAUGACCCUGUGUGGUGUCCUCAAGGAUAUCCUACUGGUCGCUGCCUCCAUGCUCAUCUGGCAGACCCCCGUCACUGCCCUUCAGUUCUUCGGUUAUUCCGUUGCUCUGAUGGGUCUCGUCUGGUACAAGCUGGGCGGUGACAAGAUGCGCGAGUACACUUCCGGGGCUGGCCGUGCCUGGGCCGAGUAUGGUAAUACUCGCCCUGCCCAGCGCCGUUUCGUUGUGUUCGGUGCUGCCGCUCUCAUCUUCUUCCUCUUCGUUGGAUCCCUGGCUCCUAGUUACGCCAACGAUGGUGUUGACCGUGUUAAGGGCUACCUGGGUGGAGCCACUGCUGGUAAUGCUUGA